CAUGCUUAAUAUAUCUGUAAUUGUAAUUGUAUCCCUUAAAUAGUUUUCUCUUUACAAUUUUUCGUCAUAAUGGCAAAUACGUAUCCCGCGUCGCGGGAUUAUACAAAACCUGCUAUUAAUCAGCGAAUUGCUGAAUUAGUAAAGAGAAGAAUUGGUACACGAGAAGAUUUACCUAUGGAAAGCACAAAAGAGCGUCUCGCAAAAUUCAAAGAGAUUCGCAAUGCUAGGCAAGGAUUAUUGAAAGUUACACAUCGACACGUCUUGGAGAUGGUAGCAUACAUUUUGAACACAGACGCCGAGAUGCUGGAAGAAGGGAUUCUUGAUAAAGAUGAAUAUGUAAAUGUAUUUAGCAAUUUUUUUGCCGAGGGUGGAAGACAAGCAAUUCUUAUAUAUUUUCAACCUAUGAGUCCUCCAACAUUUGAAUCUGGUCGAUGGACGCCGCGACUUAGCAAAGAACAGCAAGUUGUACGUUGUUGCAUAACGGAUGGUACCACCGAAGAGUUUUCAGGAAAAUGCGUUAUAGUUUAUCGACUAAAGUCAAAUCUCGAGUUUGGAGUCAAGCAUUUACUCGACGAAACAUAUUAUGCUUAUGCCGAAGUAGAUCCUAUAUCAAAAAGUGCAUUGGCAGCUAUAUCUGAUUUAAUUUCACGAUUGCACGCACGAACGUUAAUUGUUAACACGCAAUGGGGAGAAUUGUCGAAAAGUGAAAUCGGAGGAAAGAUAAGAGAUGAUUUUAUAGGCGAUUUUAAAGAUUUCUGCGAAUUUCUUAGUAUGACAAAGAUAGAUUUGGAAAGUAUUAUAUGCUUCCACAUUAACUGGGAUCUUUAUCAGAAAUAUUUAGCUCAUCCCGAAACAAUUAGAAAAAGCCUUCGUAAACCGGACGUUAUUGAAGCAGCAGAAGCUGAUGUCCAAAUAUGGAUGAAAUUGAUGGAACGGGCUAUCGUUGAGAGCCAGCAAUUGCGCAGAGAAACUGAAACUGUAGGACCGUCCGUGGAACUUGCAUAUUGGCGGAGAUUACUUGCUCGAUUUUCAUCAAUAAUAAAUCAUUUAAAAUCUCCUUACACUCAAUCGUUUAUAAAAUUGCUAACAGAGGCGAAAUCGAAACUUAUUAAGAAAUGGAAGAAAUUAGAAGAUCAUGCCACAACGAUACAUAUUUUAUCGCAAGAUAAUGUGAAGUAUCUGUACUCCUUAGAAAAAUUUACACAGCCAUUGUAUAGAUUAGAUCCAACAAAAAUAGGAGAUUAUUUACCAGCACUCAUGUAUGCUGUAAGGAUGAUUUACGUUACGUCGCGAUUUUUUAAUACAAGAAAGAUGGUAACUGCAGUAUAUGUAAAGAUAACAAAUCAAAUGAUAUUAGCGUGUAAAGCAUACUUGACGGAGAAUGGAAAACUGAGCAUUUGGGAUGAAUUGAAAGGUACUAUGAUAUCUAAAAUAAAGGAUUGUAUUAAGCUAUGUGAAACGUAUCACGAAUGUUACGACAAUAUGUGCAAGGAAGUCGAAGAAUCUCCCGGGGAGAAGCCCUUUGAAGUAUCCGAAAUGUAUGUUUUUGGAAAGUUUGGCACUUUUAAAACAAGAAUAAUAAAAAUCAUGGACAUCCUUGAAACAGCAUGGAUGUACUCUAUUCUGCACAGUUCCACUAUAGAAGGAAUUGAUACGUACGCGCAAAAAUAUACUAGUUAUUUCAAAAAGAUUUCGUCGCAAAAGUACGAUCCCUUGGAUCACAGAAAAUUUUAUUUCGACACUGAUUACGAUGAAUAUAAAAAAAGUGUGGCAGAAACCGACAUUGAACUUCGAACAUUCUUUCACAAUUUCAUUGCCCUUGUACCGAAUAUAACACAGGUGUUAGAAAUAAUUACUAGAUUUCAAAAAUUGAAUCUUAAACAACUGAGAAUUGAUAGAAAGUGCUUAGAACUCGUAACGAUGUACGAACGAGAGAUUGAAAAUGUUCGCGAUAGAUAUAAUGAAGAUAGAUCUCAUCCAUGCCUGUCAAGGAACAUUCCACCCAUUGCUGCUAGAAUCCUAUGGAUUCGUCAAUUAUCGAAACGCAUUGAAGUUCCUAUGAGUAUGUUUAAAUCACAUCAAAAAGUGAUUGCUCACGAGUCUAUGCAGAAGUGCAUUAAGAUGUACAAUGCGCUCAUCAGCGUGUUCAUCCAUUACGAGUUAAUAUAUCACAAAGCGUGGUACGAUUCGGCUGACAUUGUUCGUUUGGCAUUAUCGUCGCCUAUAAUUGUGCGCCAUCCAAAAACAAACAAGUAUUGUUUAAAUUUUGAUUCCUACAUACACGAAGUGGUACAAGAAUCGGAACAUAUGUCUAAAUUUGGUUUGGAAGUUCCGGAUUUUAUACAAGUUUUAGUUUUUUGCAAGGAGAAAAUAUUUUCUUCUUACGAAACAGUGAAAAAACUGCUAAAGAAAAAUGAUGCCCUUAGACAAUCUUUCCCGAUCUUAUUUUUAAAUUUAAUAAAGAUCGCACUCGUUGAUCUCGAAAUCGUUUUUCAACCCUGUCUAUCAGUAAUUUCGUGGUCUUCAUUAAAGAUUUCUAAAGCGUGUACUGAAAUAGAAAAAGCGAUACAAAAUGUUCAGAUAUUCGUCAAGGAAAUAACUGAUAUGAAAGAAGUGAGAGUAGAUGAAGUACUUGAGUUCAUUGCGGAAUCGAUGUUAUUAAAACUGGAUGAGUAUCCAAAAAGUCCAGAACAAUUUUUAGCUGACGUUAUAGCUUUUAGAGAUAAAAUUGCAAUUGACUUGGAAGUAAAAUCUUUUGCGGCGGAAAAAGUUGUCACCAUGAUUAUCAAUAAAUUUAUAAAUCUUAUAACUGAUCCUGCUGUUCAAGAUGUUAAGUAUAAUUGGUUGGAUCCUGAAAAGGUACAUAGACAACUGGGAUCUGAAACUAGAUUAAUAAAGGGACCAUUUGAACCAGGCUUUGGUCAUAUUGAGCGAACACAUAAAGUUAAAAUAAAUCAAGUGCACAAUGAUUGUAUGGAACUAUUUGCACACUAUAAUAAUAAAUUAAUAGAUGCUUUGGUAAAAUGUACUAAAAAUUCUUUGGACUUGUUAAAGAAGAAAGCAACCAUUAUGAGCGUAUUGUUUCAAGAUAUUGAAAUAGAGCAAGAAAUACCAAUUAUGGAGACACACUUUGUUUUACAAAUACCAAACAUUGUGAUUAUACCCACAAUAGAAGAAUUACAGAAUCAUUUUAGCAAAGUCAUCACUAGUAUUAUAGAAACGAACAAGAAUGUCAUUAUAUGGGGACAACGAUAUUCUACACAAGUUGAACCACUUGAUGAAAAAUUGCUCAAAAACUAUUUUCAAAUUGUGUCCGAUCACAAAGAUAUAAUUCGCAGCUCAAUGAGUUUGCAAGGUUUAAUAUUAGUGUUGAAAGAUGACGUCUUCAAAGUUGGCAAUUCAUAUUUACGAUAUUCCUACAUAUGGACGGAGAAUAGAAAUAAUAUCAUACAAACGUUUAUUGACAUGGAGCCUCUCAUACAAGAAAUUAAAGAGAAAUUUAUGGAAUACGAAGACUUAAUGACGGAAAUAAAAAAUUUACCUGAUCGGCAUGUACUUGGCCCUCUUCAAAUUAACACAGACAAAUUAAAAUUAGCAUUUCUCGUUGAAGCAAAUGCGUGGAAAACAUCAUUGGGUGUUAUUUUGUCCAAUAAAUACAAGCAAAAAUUACAAAAGAUCAUGGAUUAUAUUUAUGAAAAAAAUAAAGUUCUUUCUAGACAUAUUAAAGAUUUAGAGGAUGUGCGGGUUGCAAUGAAAUGUUUGGGAGAAAUACGAGAUGAUUUUAUAUUAUUAGAUAUGGAAUUAAUUCAGAUCGAAGAGACUUACACAUUGAUGGGAAAAUUUAACGUCGAUAUAUUGAAAGAAGAUCAAGAUAUAGUAGACGGAUUAAGAUAUAAUUUUAGUAACAUGCUCCAAAUGGCAAAACAAGUUCAAGAAAUAAUAUGUAAGAUGCAAGAUCCGUUGAAAAAAGAGCUUAUUGAUGGUGUUGUAGUUCUCAAACAGAAUGUGGAUCACUUUGACAUUGAUUUUGAACUCUAUGGCCCAAUGGUUGAAGGAAUACCUGCAAAAGAUGCUAGUGAACGGCUCAUCCUGUUCCAAGCUCGUUUUGAAGAAUUAUGGGAAAGAUACGAAACCUAUAGCAGUGGUGAAAGUUUGUUUGGCAUAGAAGUGACGGAGUACCCAGCUUUACAACACAGAAAAAGAGAGAUUAAUUUAUUGCAGAAGUUAUAUACACUAUAUUUGCAAGUUAUGCGUACUAUUGACGGCUACUAUGAUAUUCUGUGGUCCGAGAUUGAUAUCGAAUCAAUCAUAGCUGAAUUGGCUGAUUUCCAAAACAAAUGCCGAAAGUUGCCUAAAGCUAUGCGAGAAUGGCCAGCAUUCGUCGAUUUAAAGAAGAAAAUCGAUGAUUUUAACGAGAUGUGUCCAUUAUUAGAGAUGAUGGCUAACAAAGCUAUGAAAGAUAGACAUUGGGAGAAAUUGUCUAAGCUUUGUCGAUAUUUCUUUAACGUCGAAUCUGAGACUUUUACUUUAGCAAAUGUUAUGCAAGCGCCUUUGUUAAAAUACAAAGAUGAUGUAGAAGAUAUAUGUAUUAGUGCAGUGAAGGAACAAGAUAUCGAAACGAAGUUGAAGCAGGUGAUUGCAGAUUGGACAAUUGUAAAUUUGCAGUUUUCUCCUUUCAAGCAGAGAGGCGAAUUAUUACUGAAAGGUGUCGAGACGGCUGAGAUAAUAGCGCUACUUGAAGACAGUUUAAUGAUUAUAAGUUCCUUGCUGGCAAAUCGUUACAACGUACCGUUUAAGAAAGAGAUUCAGUUAUGGCAGGUUAAGCUCAGUAACACGUCCGAGAUAUUGGCGAAGUGGUUAACUGUGCAGAAUCUGUGGGCUUAUCUAGAAGCGGUGUUUAUUGGCGGCGACAUAUCAAAGCAAUUGCCUACCGAAGCAAAGCGCUUUAAUACCAUCGAUAAAUCCUGGGUUAAGCUUAUGCUUCGCGCCCAUGAAAAACUGAAUGCAGUGGAAACGUGUAUCGGAGAUGAAACCAUGAGCCAAUUUUUGCCUCAUUUAUUGGAACAAUUAGAAUCAUGCCAGAAAUCUCUUAGCGGCUAUCUGGAAACUAAACGAGUGGUUUUUCCAAGAUUCUGCUUUAUAUCUGAUCCUACUUUGUUGGAGAUACUUGGACAAGCAGCCGAUUGUCACACGAUACAGAAUUAUCUUGAUGGAUUUUUUGAUAAUUUGGCAAAGUUGAAAUUUGCCGAAAAGGAAUAUGAAAAAAUUAUAGCAAUGUAUUCACGGGAAGGUGAAGAAGUAGUGUUAGAAAAAGAAGUCGUAUGUAUAGCAGGUGUAGAGAACUGGUUAAACACUUUGUUAACGGUUCAUCAGCAAUCAAUUGGCGACGUAAUUUCGUUAGGAUUGCAAUCACUUCGUACACCUGAAUUCGACAUUUUGUCAUUGAUAGAAAAUUCUGUUUUACAAGUGGGUUUAUUGGGGUUACAAGUUUUAUGGACGCGCGAUAGUGAAAUAGCGGUCACGACAGCCAAACGCGACAGAACCAUAAUGAAGAGGACUAAUCAGUGGUUCCUAGAUUUGUUGAAUAAUCUUAUAGAAGUAACCGUUAAGGAUCUUACAAAAUAUGCGAGAUUAAAAUACGAAGCUUUAAUAACGAUACAUGUGCAUCAAAGAGAUAUAUUUGACGAUUUAUGUCGUCUCAGAAUUCGAAAUAUACAUGAUUUCGAAUGGUUGAAACAGUGUCGAUUCUAUUACAAUGAAGAUUCGGAGGCAGUCCAGAUCAGAAUAACCGAUGUGGAAUUUGUCUAUCAAAAUGAAUUCUUAGGUUGUACAGACCGACUUGCGAUUACACCGCUCACAGACAGAUGUUAUAUAACACUGGCACAGGCUGUAGGAAUGAAUUUUGGCGGAGCUCCCGCAGGCCCUGCUGGCACGGGUAAAACAGAAACGACGAAAGAUAUGGGAAAAGCACUGGGAAAAUAUGUCGUUGUUUUUAAUUGCUCUGAUCAAAUGGAUUUUCGAGGUUUAGGGAGAAUAUUUAAGGGAUUAGCACAAUCCGGUACUUGGGGAUGCUUUGAUGAAUUUAAUCGAAUUGAUUUACCGGUAUUAUCUGUAGCUGCGCAGCAAAUAGCUAUUGUACUCAAUGCACGAAAAGAACGGAAAACGAGCUUUUUGUUUAGCGAUGGCGAAACAUAUAAGCUGAAUUAUGAAUUUGGGUUAUUUAUUACGAUGAAUCCGGGAUACGCUGGUCGGCAAGAACUACCGGAAAAUUUGAAAAUACAAUUUAGAAGUGUAGCUAUGAUGGUUCCUGACAGACAAAUUAUAAUGCGGGUGAAACUCGCGGCAUGUGGCUUUAAAGAGAACGUAGUAUUAGCGCGGAAAUUCUUCACAUUGUAUAGAUUGUGUGAGGAACAGCUCAGUAAACAAGUGCAUUAUGAUUUUGGAUUAAGAAAUAUUUUAUCGUGUCUGCGUACACUUGGCGCUCAAAAACGCGCACAUCCCACCGAUUCCGAAGAAACUACGAUUAUGAGAGUAUUGCGCGAUAUGAAUUUAUCUAAGUUAGUGGAUGAAGAUGAGCCUCUCUUUAUGUCCCUUAUCGAAGAUAUGUUCCCUGGAAUAAAGUUAACGAAUCAGACGUAUAAAGAAUUACAGAAAGCAAUAGCUAACGCUACAGUUGCUCUCGGUAUAAUGAAUCACAGUGAAUGGAAUUUGAAAACCAUACAGUUGUACGAGACAUCACUCGUUCGUCAUGGUUUAAUGGUUCUCGGACCAACAGGAUCUGGUAAAACGCGAUGUAUGUGGGCACUUAUGAGAGCUCUGACAGAAAUGGGUAUACCACACAAAGAAAUUAGGAUGAAUCCAAAAGCAAUAACUGCGUCCCAAAUGUUCGGAAGACUCGAUGUUGCAACGAACGAUUGGACGGAUGGUAUAUUUUCUAUUAUAUGGCGACGAUCCACGCAAAUGAAGAAAACGGAAAAUUUGUGGAUUGUGUUGGACGGUCCUGUCGAUGCAGUGUGGAUCGAAAAUUUAAAUUCGGUUCUGGACGACAAUAAAACGUUGACGUUGGCAAAUGGAGAUCGCAUUGUAAUGGCACCAAAUUCUAAAUUAGUGUUCGAACCCGACAAUGUGGACAACGCGUCUCCAGCUACUAUAUCACGCAUGGGAAUGAUCUUUAUCAGUGCUUCUGUGUUAAAAUGGAAAUCAAUUUUAGAGGCUUGGCUUAAAAAAUGUUCCAUCAACGAAGCUGCAGUAUUGCGAGCGUUGUUUCAUAAAAUAUAUGGAGAUGCCCAUACAUUUGUUCAGACAAAACUUCAUACUAAAAUGACGCUUUUAGAAGCACUUUAUAUACGACAGUGUAUUGAUCUAUUGGAGGGUUUGAAUGUUGGAAAUUCGGAUCCAACUAAAGUAUUGUCUGAGAAUCACAUCGAAAAGCUCUUUUUGUUUUCUCUCAUGUGGAGCUUAGGUGCAGUAUUAGAACUUGACGGGCGAUUUGCAUUACAAGAAUAUCUCGUAAAUCAUGAAUCAAAUUGUAAUUGGCCAAAGUAUAAGGAAGAUGAAACUAUUUUUGAAUAUCUGGUAUCAGAUAAUGGAAAAUGGAUACAUUGGAGUACAAUGGUGCCAAAAUUCGAGUAUCCUCCGGAUCGUGUUUUAGAAUACAACACUAUCCUCGUUCCUAACGUCGAUAAUACAAGAACGUUAUUUUUAAUUGAUAUCAUAGCACAGCAGGAAAAAGCAGUACUUUUAAUAGGAGAAGCAGGCACGGCAAAAAGCGUAAUGAUGAAGAGCUAUAUGUUUAAGCAUGAUCCCGAAUAUCACUUGAAUAAGUGUUUUAACUUCUCUUCAGCAUCCACGCCCAAUAUGGUUCAACGCGUAUUUGAAAGUUACGUUGAAAAGCGAAUGGGCACUACUUACGGUCCGCCCGGCGGACGGAAAAUGACCAUUUUUAUCGACGAUAUAAAUAUGCCAACUAUAAAUGAAUGGGGCGAUCAAAUUACAAACGAAAUCGUUCGCCAGUUAAUGGAAUACAAAGGAUUCUAUUCGUUAGAUAAACCGGGCGAUUUCUGCAUCAUGCAAGAUAUUAUGCUACUCGCUGCAAUGCGUCAUCCUGGUGGAGGACGAAAUGACAUCCCGCCACGAUUGAAACGACAGUUCAAUAUUUUUAAUUGUACCUUACCGUCCAACAAAUCUAUGGACACAAUUUUCAGCGUUAUCGGCCAAGGCUACUUUUGCAUCACGAGAUUUUCCGAAAUAAUCGUCAAUUUCUUGCCGAAGCUUAUACCACUGACUCGAAUAGUAUGGCAACAGACUAAAGUGAAAAUGUUACCGACUCCUGCGAAGUUCCAUUACGUCUUUAACUUGCGCGAUCUAUCGCGUAUUUGGGAAGGAAUACUCAGGAUAGAAAGAGACGAAUGCGAAACCAUAACGACGCUACUAAAAUUGUGGGAGCAUGAGUGUACGCGUGUGAUAGCAGAUCGCUUUAUCACUGAUGCCGAUAGAGAAUGGUUUCAAAGUACAUUAAGGCGGACUGCGGAAAAGAUGUUAGGUUCGGACUUCCAACAUUAUUCUCCAGUCGAGACGUAUUUUGUCGACUUUCUGCGCGAACCGCCAGAACCGACAGGUGACGAGCCAGAAGACUUUGCGUUAGAAGCACCUAAGAUUUACGAGGAGAUACCGAGUUACGAUGUCGUUAUCGCGAAAGUUCAACAAAAUAUGGAGCAAUUUAAUGAAUACAUACGCGGCAUGCAUCUCGAUCUCGUAUUCUUCCACGACGCUCUAGUGCACUUGAUACGAAUAUCGAGAAUACUGGGAGUUCCCAGAGGCAAUGCACUACUCGUAGGUGUAGGAGGAUCUGGAAAGCAGAGUCUAACGCGACUGGCAUCUUUUAUUGCGGGAUUUAACUUCUUUCAAAUAACGUUAUCCAGGAUUUAUAAUGUGGCUAGUUUACUGGACGAUUUGCGAAAAUUAUAUCGUACCGCUGGUACAGGAAGCAAAGGUCUUACAUUUAUUUUUACCGACAAUGAAAUAAAAGAUGAAGCAUUCUUGGAAUACAUUAACAACGUGCUAAGUGUCGGCGAGGUGGCCAAUCUUUUUCCAAAAGAUGAGCUAGAUGACAUUCUGACAAUUGUCGCACCGCUAAUGAAGAAGGACGAUCCCCGACGUCCUCCGACGCAGGACAAUCUUUAUGAUUAUUUUAUAUCGCAAGCGAGAAAUAAUUUGCACAUAGUUUUAUGUUUUUCACCAGUCGGUGAAAAGUUUAGAUCUCGAGCAUUGAAAUUUCCUGGUCUUAUAUCUGGUUGCACAAUGAAUUGGUUUUCAAGAUGGCCAAGGGACGCAUUAUACGCGGUCGGUGAACAUUUCCUAGGCAAAUAUAAAGUUAUAUGCGGUCCAGAAGUAAAACAACAAUUAAUACAAGUUGUGGGCGACAUUCAGGACAAUGUAAACGACACCUGCGCAGAAUAUUUCGAUAGAUUCCGACGUCAAAUAUAUGUGACUCCAAAAUCGUUUUUGGCCUUUCUCGACAGCUAUAAAACGCUUUACAAACAACAUUUGGAUAACAUUAAUACGCUUGCUUCUCGCAUGAGCAAUGGCUUAAAUAAAUUAAUCGAUGCUGCAGCUCAAGUCGAUGUGUUACGGAAGGAAUUAGAAAAAAAUCAAGAGGAAAUUGCAGUAAAAAAUGUUCAAGUGGAUGCGCUAUUGGUUGAUGUAAACGAGAAAAAGGGAGAAGCCGAAAGGGUGAAAGCAAAAGUGCAAGUUUCGAAAGAUGAGGCGGAAACAAUUCUAAAAACGAUAGCAAAAGACAAAUCAGUGGCAGAACAAAAAUUGAAAGUCGCGGAGCCUGCCUUAUUAGAAGCUGAAGCUGCAUUACUGACCAUAAAAGCAGCAGAUAUUGCUACUGUUAGAAAAUUGGCUAAACCACCGUUCUUAAUUACGCUCAUAAUGGAUUGUGUUCUGAUUUUAUUCGGACGAAAGCUGGAACCAGUUAAACCUGAUUACGAGCAUCAAUUUUUAACACCUUCUUGGUCAGAGUCGUUGAAGGUUUUGGCUGAUACUAGAUUUUUGUAUAACUUACAAAAAUUUCCAAAGGAUAACAUUAACUGUGAAACUGUUGAUUUGAUGAUGCCGUACUUAAAUUUCCACAUGUAUACUUACGAAGCCGCAAAGCAAGCUUGCGGAAACGUGGCGGGUCUCAUACAGUGGACCAUCUCUAUGGUUACUUUUUACGGAAUAAAUAAAGAUGUGCUGCCUUUAAAGGCAAAUCUUGUCAUACAAGAAAGCAAAUACGAAAAAGCCAACAAAAAUUUAUGCGAAGCCGAAGAAUUACUGAAAGCAAAGGACGAUGAUUUAAAGAUAGUGCAAAGUGAAUUCGACGCGGUGAUGCAGGAACGGCAGACAAUAAUCGAUCAAGCUGCAAUUUGCCAAGCAAAAAUGGAUACCGCAAGCGCCAUGCUUGAAGGAUUAUCCGGCGAGAGAAUACGAUGGACAGAUCAAGUAGCUAUGUUUAAAUCAGAAACAGAUCGUCUUGUCGGAGAUGUGUUGGUGUUAACAGGAUUUUUAUCUUAUUGCGGACCAUUUAAUCAAGAAUUCCGGAUUCUUUUGCAAAGAACAUGGUUUGGUUUCAUACAAGAUAGAAAAAUCCCGAUUUCUAUUGCUAUAAAUAUUGUUAAUACGUUGACAGACACAGCGACGAUCGGCGAUUGGAGUUUGCAAGGCUUGCCGACGGAUGAAUUAUCAGUUCAGAAUGGAAUAAUCGUAACGAAAGCAUCACGGUAUCCUCUUUUGAUCGAUCCACAAUUGCAAGGAAAGACAUGGAUUAAAAAUAAAGAAACGGAUUUAGAUUUACAGAUAACAUGGUUUGCGCAUAAAUAUUUUAGAAAUCAUUUAGAAGAUGCUGUGUCAAUAGGUCGGCCAUUAUUGAUACAAGAUGUAGGAGAAGAGAUAGAUCCAGUAUUGGAUAAUUUGCUAGAAAAGAAUUUUAUAAAAAUAGGAACUUCUUUAAAGGUCAAAUUGGGCGAUAAAGAAAUAGACGUUAGCAAGGACUUUAGACUUUACAUUACAACGAAAUUGCCAAAUCCUUUUUAUACUCCAGAAAUAUUUGCUCGUACAUCAAUAAUCGAUUUCACCGUUACGAUGAAAGGUCUGGAGGAUCAACUUUUAGGAAGAGUCAUUUUAACAGAGAAAAAGGAGUUGGAGACAGAGAGAACGCAAUUAAUUGCCGACGUAACUGCAAAUAACAGAAAGAUUAAAGAAUUGGAAGCGAAUCUUUUGCAUAAAUUGGCAACUGUACAGGGCCCUUUGAUAGAAGACACUGAAUUAAUGUCGGUAUUAAAUAUCACGAAGCAGACAGCGGCGGAAAUCAACGAAAAGCUGAGUAUCGCGAAAGACACGGAGUUAAAAAUCGAUACAGCACGUGAACAAUUUCGACCGGUUGCAACGCGCGGUAGCGUCUUGUAUUUCUUGAUAUGCGACAUGCCGCACGUCAACUGCAUGUACCAAACGUCUCUCGUUCAAUUUUUGGAACGAUUUGAUAUCUCUAUGGCGAGGUCCGAGACGAGUGUAAUUACUCAGAGAAGAAUAAAUCACAUUAUCGAAUAUUUAACAUAUGACAUAUUUAAGUACAAAUCGCGCGGACUCUACGAGAUACAUAAAUAUAUGUUUAUUUUGCUGAUGACAUUAAAAAUCGAUCUGCAACGCGCUAGCAUUAUGUACGAAGAAUUCCAGUAUCUCAUUAAAGGCGGUGCGGCGUUGGACUUAAAAGCCGUUGACCCGAAACCUUGCAAAUGGAUCACGGAUGUAACAUGGCUUAAUCUAGUUGCACUGUCAUCAUUACGACAAUUUCAAUACAUUGUCUCUCAAGUACCCGCUUCGGAGAAACUUUGGAAACAUUGGUUCGACAAAGAUACACCAGAGGAGGAAGUUAUACCAGAUGGUUACAAUAUUUUGGAUACAUUCCGUCGAUUGCUUUUAAUAAGAGCCUGGUGCAUGGACCGAGCACUGUCGCAAUCUAGGAAAUACAUAGCAUCUUCUUUAGGAGCAAAAUAUGCAGAGCCGGUAAUUACGCUUCUGGAUGUGAUGCAUAGCGAAUCAAGACCAAAUACACCGAUGAUCUGUUUCUUAAGUAUGGGAUCGGAUCCUACGCCUAGUAUCGAGCAACUGGCAAAAAAAAUGGAAAUCAUAUGUAAAAGCAUAUCGAUGGGACAAGGUCAGGAAGUUCAUGCUCGUCGUCUGCUCCAUAGCGCAAAAACUGAAGGUUUUUGGGCUCUCUGCCAAAAUUGUCACUUGGGCUUGGAGUACAUGACGGAAUUGGUGAACUUUCUUUUAGAAAUGGAAGCGCCUCAUCCGGAUUUCCGCGUAUGGAUCACGACAGAGCCGCACAAAGACUUUCCAGUUUCCUUGCUGCAAAUGUCUAUAAAAUAUACAUAUGAACCCCCGCAAGGAAUACGCGCGGGUUUAUUGGCGACGUACAGUGGUAUGAAUCAGGAAAUGCUGGACCAAUGUGACGCUGUGCAAUAUAUACCGCUAAUAUACACCGUGUCUUUUCUGCACACCGUUGUUCAGGAAAGACGGAAAUUCGGUCCUCUGGGAUGGAACAUACCUUACGAAUUCAAUUCGGCGGACUGGUUGGCAUCCUGCAUGUUUAUCAAUAAUCAUUUAAAUGAUUAUGAUGCAAAACACGGUAUAAAUUGGCAGAUUAUACGUUAUAUGAUAGGUGAAGUGCAAUAUGGCGGACGCGUAACGGACGAUUAUGAUAAAAGAUUGUUAAACACAUUCGCAAAGGUGUGGUUUACGGAUGCGCUUUUUGCGGAAGGUUUCGCCUUCUACAAAGGCUAUUCGAUGUUGAUAUUUAAGCAAAUAAGUGAGUAUCUGAAAGCAAUAGAUGCCAUGAGCACAAUAGAUCCGCCACAAGUAUAUGGCUUGCAUCCGAAUGCAGAUAUCACGUAUCAAAGUAACACCACGCAGACUGUACUGGAUAUAAUAGUAUCUGUGCAACCGAAAGAAGCGGGUGCUGUUGGCGCAGAAUCUCGCGAAGUGGUUGUUACAAGACUAACAAAUGAAAUGUUAAACAAGGUUCCAGCAUUGUAUGACAUGUUUGAAGUUAAGGAAAGAUUACGCGUAAUGGGUCAUACUGCUCCGAUGAAUAUAUUUUUAAAACAAGAAAUCGACAGGAUACAAAUUGUUAUAAAAUUAGUGCGCAUUACACUCAAGGAUCUUCUGUUGGCGGUAGAAGGUGUAAUUAUAAUGAAUGAGGAGUUGCGAGAUGCUUUCGAUAAUAUAUACGACGCCAGAAUACCAAAGGUUUGGAAAGCUCGAUCAUGGGAAUCUGCCUCCUUGGGAUUCUGGUUUACAGAGCUUUUAGAGAGAAACCAACAGUUUUCAACUUGGUUGUAUAGCGGGAGACCAGCAAAAUUUUGGAUGACUGGCUUUUUCAAUCCUCAAGGAUUUUUAACGGCGAUGAAGCAAGAAGUAACACGAGCUCAUAAGUGGGCUUUGGAUAACGUAACGCUUCACAAUGAAGUUUCACGGAAUACGGCAGAAGAAAUUAAAACACCGCCACUUGAAGGUGUUUACGUUUAUGGAUUAUUUCUGGAGGGUGCUGGCUGGGACAGAAGAAAUAUCCGUUUUGUGGAAUCGGCAAAUAAAGUUCUUUAUGUAUUAAUGCCAGUAAUACAUAUUUUUGCAUUAUAUAAUACUCCAGAUAAGAGCCCAAAGUUAUAUCAAUGUCCGGUAUAUAAAAAACCUCAGAGAACUUAUGCAUUGUUAAUAACACCACUUUGGUUGCAAACUAUAAAAAGUCCUGAUUAUUGGAUACUACGCGGUGUCGCUUUAUUAUGUGAUAAUAAAUAAUUUUUCACAUAAAAAAAGUAUUACAAGUAAGUACUGAUAUAAUUUCUAAAACAAAUUUCUUGCAAAAAAUAAUUUUCUACAUUGCAUUAAAGA